CAACUCAUUUAAUUUAAUUCUUGCUUUCUCUCUCUUUUUGUCUAUUUAGCCAACAUCACAGAAGAACCGUUAGGGGUGAGUUUGGUAGUUUGUUUGCUAGGAUAUUUUCUUUUUUCGAUCAUUUACAAAAACGAGAUUCAUCCACAAUUUUGAUCUUAAUUGUCUUUGUGAAUAAACAAAUUUUAUUUCAUACAUUACAAAAUGGAUGACAUUGAACAAGAAAUCGAUCUUGAUCAGAUUACCGAUGAAAAUCUUUUACAAAGCUUGCUUGAUCAAACUGAUGAUCCAGAAGAUCGGAAGGUCAUCAGAGAUCGCAUCAAAGAACUUCGAUCUCAAAAAGCUGUUAAAAAAGUGGAACGAGAUGAAAAAUUGACCCGUCUCACUAACACCAGAGAAGAUAUGCUACAACAAAAAAAGAAAGAAGCCGAACAACACAAGCAAAGAACAAUGGCAAUGUACGAUAAUAUGGCUCGUUCGGCUCCGGCUGGUGGCGACAAAAAGCUUGACACGAAUAUCCUCAAACCUACUUCACCAACACCCCGAACAACGACACCAACAUCUCGAGCUCCAACAACCCCACGAACUCCCACUUCGCCCGGUUCUUUACCAUCACCUAUUGGACCAAAGGUAGAUUUAGUUGAGGAUGCAAUUAAACGACGACAGAGAGAAGCUGAAGAACGAAAAAAACGAAUUUUGGCAGCUUACGAUGUUGCAGCAAAAACCCAACCGGCUGGCACUGUUAAGGAAGUCGAUUUUGAUGUUGUCAAUAAAAUUGAUGUUUCACAAUAUGAGAUUUCUAAAAACACAUCUAAUGUCGGAACUUUUCAAAUGUCGGGCGGCGUUCCCAUUGUCAAAAAAACACCAUCUGUUCCUGCCUCACCAGUUAUUGAAGCCCUUGCACCCAAGUUUCCUGCUGCAGCUGAAGAAAAGCUUGAUGCUUAUGAAAGAGCAUUACGAGAACGUCAACGUGAAUGUGAAGAACGAAAGCGACGAUUACUAGAAUCUUACCAACAGGUUGCCAGAUGUGAAGCUGGUCCAAAAACUUUCGUCCCACCACCAAAUAUUGGAAUCUAAGUUUCUGAACUCAAAUUCGUAUAAGUACUUGAUUUCCGUGAGCAAAUCAAAUGGAAUUAUACUUGAUUAAAAUUUCCUUUGUUUUGAAGCAUUAUGCCAAUCUUCAUAAUUACACUGACACAUAAGCGCCUGUAAACCUGUAUUUUUUCCUGCUGAAAGCAGGAAUUUUUCAGUUCUUAAACAAAGAAUGAUUAUAAAAUGCUUGACUUGAUUAUUUUUAAUGGAUUUUUUCGAAUACACUUUCUAUCAUUUAAUCGAAAUAAAUAAAUUCCUUAAAAUUUAA